UUACCUUCUGUCAUGUUCACAUGUUUGGAAAAAACAGUUUCUUGCGGCUGCUGUGGAAACGCUGAGUGUGGGCGUGGCUGUUCUAUGCUUUACUGGCUGCUGGUUGUCCUGAUUGGAAUAGCUGGCUCAGGAUACUGUUUCAUUGUUUCAGUCCUGGCUCUUACUCAAGGUCCUUACUGUUUAACCACCACAGGAUGGCGCUAUCCCUUUGCAAAGAGCUUUGGCAGCUACCUGUCUGAUCCCUCCGUAUGGAGAACAUGCACGGAACCAGCAAAUAUCGUGCUGUGGAACUGGACUCUGUUCACGACUCUCCUGGCUCUCAGUGGCAUCGAGUUCAUCCUCUGCUUAGUUCAGUUAAUAAACGGGAUGCUGGUUGUGCUUUGUGGAAACUAUAACUGCUGCAAGCAGAGCGUUGAGCCAGCGUGAAGGUGACGCUCAAGAACAGAGUUGAUCUAGUUCCAGAUAUACUUUGAUACCGUUUGUAAAAUGGGUUCCGUAUUAUUAUUUAGUGAAUCGGUUCAUGAUAUUUGACCUUUCCUAGAAACUGUGUUCUUGUUAGCAAGUUUGUUUUUGAAGUGUUUACCUGUAGUAAGAAUGUGUAAAGGAAAUGUGGAAGUAAAACCCAUUUUUGACGUAAUUAACUUGAUACCACACAGCCUCCUUGAAUGCAAACAAACCGCUGAAUAGUAAAAAUGAGCGUAACAGCACCGGGGUAUACUGGUCAGAGCGCAUGGAUUAAUGGUUUUAAGAUGGUCUAGCUGGUUCAGGGGGUUGCUGGUGGAGAAGCUAGCUAAGCUGGUCUAAGAAAAGAUGUGUACUGUAUAUUA